GCAUAAGUUGUGAGGUACUUACGACGCAAGCGAGUCGAAAUAUUCCUACUCCAGCCAAUACAUCCUGAGAAAUGGCAUAAUUUCUACGAACCCAUCCCAUCCACAACUCCGCAGCACCUCCGAAACUCCGCAACGGUGGACCGAUGCGGUCGCAAGACUUACCUAUAACCUGAGGCCAACAACGAUAAAUUGGCACUCCGCAACUCCUCACUAUGCCCGGCUUCCGCCGCUGGGGCAAGUCGAAAUUCGAAAAGAACCCUGAGUCGUCAUUCAAGCUCCUUGCGGCGGUCCUGGUCAUCACCUUUUACCUACUAAUCAAAGAGUUCUCGAAUCCAACCGUCCGAACACGCGAUGUACCCACGUUAGGUGCACAGAUACAGCAUACAGCAUGGAACGGCACUGGGAAAGCGCAAGAGACAAGGGCGGGGAAAGUGCGCAGUGCAAUGAAGUACACAUAUUGGAAGUACAGAGAGAGCGCAUGGGGCGCAGAUGACAUAUUGCCGGUCUCAGGAGGCAACUCAAGCACUAGGAAUGGUUGGGGAGCAUUCAUCGUAGACUCUGCAAGUACAUUGGCACUCAUGGAACUUUGGGACGAGCUGGCGCAUUCGGUGGAGCACAUUCUAGGUAUCGACUUCACGCAUUCGGAGGAUCUGGUGGACCCCUUCGAGACUACGAUUCGAUAUCUUGGCGGACUGCUGUCGAUCGUGGAGUUAUACGACGUUGGCAUGAUACCUGAGGACGUCCUCCAUGGCGAAGCGCGCGACCUGAUACUCGAACACGCCGUUACUCUGGCUGAGAAGCUGGGUCCUGCCUACGACACACCAACAGGCAUGCCAUGGCCGCGUGUGAACUUCAAAACAUCACAAGGUGUUGCAGACCCGCCGUCCGUACACUUCGAGCACCCAGACAAGCCUCAAUUUGCGCACCCUGCAAUUGGCCCCGCGCGAACAGGUUCCUCCAUCCUCGAGAAUCGCGUCCUUACAAGGCUGACUGGCGACUCAAUCUAUGUAAGGAACUCUACGCUGGCGUGGGCUCCUUUGGUUUGGUCAAAGUGGUCGACUCCGUGGAAAGGCAUGGUGGACGCACCAAUCGAUAUUACGACAGGCGCACCGGCCGGCCGUGACAGACACUGGGACGGCGGUCACGACUCAUACUACGAAUACCUACUCAAGAUCACACUUCUCGCACCAGCUUCCGACCCUCACAUCGACACGUACAAGACCCGCUUCCUUGAGUCCGCCUACUCGUUGCGCAAGCACCUCAGCACACGAUCUGCAUCCGCGCCUGAACACGUUAUGCAACAUCUCUUUAUAGGAAAGCAAGAUGGCAAACAAUAUCAGAACGAGCAAGGACAUCUUGCAUGCUUUGCGCCUGGGACCAUCCUUCUCGGCUCCAAGUUCUAUAACCAACCGUACCUUAGAACGUUCGCGCUUGCCUUACUAGAAGGAUGUCAUCACACAUACACAUCUACGCCUUCCAAAAUUGGCCCCGAAGGAUGGUCCUGGACGCCGAAGUUCAGCUAUGAUGAACCGCUCUACUCCCCUGACACAAGUCGGGCGAAGAAGGAGUGGGCAGAGAGCGGCUUCUGGAGUACCGACUCGCAAUACAAGGGUCGACCGGAGUAUGUUGAGUCGCUGUUCUACGCCUGGCGUAUUACUGGUGAACAGCGAUUCCGCGACUGGGCGUGGGAGGCCUUCUCAGCAAUGGAGACACACUGCAAGGCGCCGUACGGGUAUGCGCAGCUUGCAGAUGUAUACAAAGUGCAGUCUUCAGAGUGGCCUGGGUCGGGCGAGAAAAGAUGGAUUGAUAUGCAGGAGAGCUUUUGGGCAGCCGAGACGCUCAAGUACCUGUGGUUGACAUUUACAGACGUCGAAACAGCGAGCCUUGACAAUUGGGUGUUCAGCACAGAAGGGCAUGUGUUUAGGAUGAUUAGAUGAGACCGACGCAAAUACCAUUCAAAAUACGAAGCA